UGUUCAAAAGCAUGGAGCACAGAUGAUCUAUAAAUAGGAAUGAUUUCGGAAAGGAAGCCGAAACUCGCAUGUUGGAAGCAUAGCAUACUAAUUAGGCUUUUUUUUUCCCACCCAGAAGUGAUCGUUAUUUUACCUCCAUGGCACCAGCAGAGUCCAAGCUCCUCCUAACUGAUCGAGCUAUAUCCAGCUCCAACCAUGUCCCUUCCAACUACAUUAGGCCCGUCGGCGACCGCCCAAACCUCCUCGAUGUCGAAUCCUCCACCUCCGUCCCCCUCAUCGACCUUCAUGGAUUGCUCGGCCCCGCUCGCUCUGAUGUAAUCAAAGAAAUCGGCUCCGCAUGCCGAACUGAUGGAUUCUUUAUGGUUAAGAAUCACGGCAUCCCGGAGGAAGUUGUUAGAGAGAUGCUGCGAGUUGCGAGAGAGUUCUUUCACUUACCGGAGGCAGAGAGGCUGAAGUGCUACUCCGACGAUCCGUCGAGAACGACGAGGCUGUCGACGAGCUUCAACGUGCGGACGGAGAAGGUCAGCAACUGGAGGGACUUCCUGAGGCUCCACUGCUACCCGCUCGAGGAUUUCAUCCGUGAAUGGCCCUGCAAUCCUCCAGAUUUCAAGCAAGUAGUGGGCGAAUAUUCGAAACAUGCGAGAGCGCUCGCAGUGCGACUACUGGAGGGGAUAUCGGAGAGCUUGGGACUAGAAAGGGAUCACAUGGUGAAGGCAAUGGGGAAGCAGGCACAGCACAUGGCGAUAAACUACUACCCGCCAUGCCCACAGCCCGAGCUGACCUACGGUCUCCCGGGCCACAAAGACCCCAACGCCAUCACCGUACUGCUCCCAGACGGCGUCUCCGGCUUGCAGGUUCUCCGCGGCCAGAAGUGGGUGGCCGUCGAGCCCGUACCGAAUGCGUUAAUCAUCAACAUGGGCGAUCAAAUACAGGUGCUCAGCAAUGACCGCUACAAGAGCGUACUUCACCGCGUGAUCGUAAACAACAAAAGCGAGAGGAUCUCCGUCCCGACCUUCUACUGUCCAUCUCCGGACGCGGUUAUAGAACCAGCUGAGGCUCUCGUCGACGACGAUCAUCCUCUCAGAUAUAGAAGUUUCACUUACGGAGAGUACUACGAGAAGUUCUGGAACCGCGAGCUCCUAUCUGCUAGUUGCCUCGAUUUGUUCAAAGCGAGCCAGUGAUCAACAUUGAAAGAGAAAUGCUACUCGUGCAUCAAAAAAUGAAGUGUAAACUUUAUAUGCAUUCAGCCAAGGACCAAUAUUUUUACACUGGGCUAGACAAAAUUAGUGUUAAGUUUAUCUAGCAAGGGAUUUUUGCUUCUG